GUCAUGCAAGCAAAUUGAGAUAACCUGGAUAUGUCAUUUUGCCUGGCUUUCUCUCUCUCUCUCUCUCUCUCUCUCUCUCUCUCUCUCUCUCUCUGUCGCUCUGUUUCAAAGCAAUGUGUGUUGCAUAAUGGCUGUUUUCACCUUUAAUUGCCUCGAGAUUAAGCAACAACCAAAUCAUCGUUCUCUAUAAUGGCCACCCGAGGAUUUAUAGUAACGUGAGUGGAGAGCUGAAGGAUGUGGCUUGCUCUGUUUCGAUGAUGCGGGAUUGCUCUAAGCAGCAAGCUUAGUGUUUUCUGAAAACAUUAGCAGCAUCGCUGAUGUAGCUGUGCCAGCCUCUUUCUCUACUAGAUGACUGGAACUGCUCACAGGGGGGUGGGGUGGGGGCAAGGGAACUAUCUUUGAGAUCCGAUCUGUCGAAAGGAGCUCGCUCAUCAUUUGCUAAAUGGAGAAACCUGAUGUUUUCCUUGCUGGCCCGGAAGAUGCCUGAGAGAUAGAGAGCGAGAGAGCGAGAGUGAUGCAUUGUUAUAAGGCAGGGAAUGCUUUCUGGGAAUAGAAAGGUCAUGCAUCUUGGGAUCGGGGAGCCAUUCCAGUCUCUAACCAGUCACCAGAGGAAUGAUGAGGAGGCAGUGGUGGACACGGGUGGAACACGCUCCCUUCUCAAAACACAUUUCGAAAAGGAAGACUUAGAAGGUCACAGAACCUUGUUUAUUGGAGUUCAUGUGCCGCUGGGAGGAAGGAAAAGCCAUCGCCGCCAUCGACACCGAGGGCAUAAACACAGAAAGAGAGACAGAGAACGGGAUUCGGGUUUAGAAGAUGGCAGAGAGUCUCCUUCAUUUGACACCCCUUCCCAGCGGGUACAGUUUAUUCUCGGAACAGAAGAUGAUGACGAGGAACACAUCCCUCACGACCUCUUCACAGAGCUCGAUGAACUUUGCUGGCGUGAAGGAGAAGAUGCUGAGUGGAGGGAGACAGCCAGGUGGUUGAAAUUUGAAGAAGAUGUUGAAGAUGGAGGAGAGAGGUGGAGUAAACCAUACGUUGCCACGUUAUCGCUUCACAGCUUGUUUGAACUGAGAAGUUGUAUCCUCAAUGGCACUGUGUUGCUAGACAUGAGAGCAAAUUCUUUAGAAGAAAUUGCAGACAUGAUUCUUGAUCAACAAGUAGGCUCGGGACAGCUCAGCGAAGAUGUUCGCCACAGGGUGCACGAAGCUCUGCUUAAACAGCACCACCAUCAGAAUCAGAAGAAGCUAAGCAAUAGGAUCCCAAUAGUCAGGUCCUUUGCUGAUAUUGGCAAGAAACAGUCUGAACCUCAUUCCAUGGACAAAAAUGCAGGUCAGCUUGUUUCCCCACAGUCUGCACCAGCCAGCAUUGAAACAAAAAAUGACGUGAGCAGAGAAAACAGCAGCGUUGAUUUCAGCAAGGGACUAGGAGACCAACAAAAAGGGCAUAACAGUAGUCUAUUUGGGAUGAAACAAAGACAUGAAAAAGGACACCUGCAUCAGGAAGAGAGAGAGAGAGAGGUUGACCUGCAUUUCAUGAAAAAGAUCCCUCCUGGAGCCGAAGCGUCAAACAUUCUGGUUGGAGAGCUGGAAUUCCUGGACCGUGCUGUAGUGGCUUUUGUUAGGUUGUCUCCCGCCAUGCUGCUUUCGGGACUAGCAGAAGUUCCAAUCCCAACGAGAUUUUUAUUUAUUCUUCUGGGACCUCUAGGAAAAGGCCAACAGUUCCAUGAGAUUGGCAGGUCAAUUGGAACCUUAAUGACAGAUGAGGUGUUUCAUGAUGUUGCCUACAAAGCUAAAGAUCGUAAUGAUUUGGUUGCUGGGAUUGAUGAGUUUCUCGACCAGGUGACAGUUCUCCCUCCUGGAGAAUGGGACCCCACGAUUCGUAUAGAGCCCCCCAAAAAUGUUCCCUCUCAGGAGAAGCGUAAGAUUCCAGGUGUGCCAAAUGGAACUGCUCCUCAUGGAGACAUUGCACCAGUUGGAGGUCACUCAGGACCAGAACUGCAACGUACUGGAAGGAUUUUUGGGGGCUUGGUUUUAGAUGUCAAGAGGAAAGCGCCAUUCUUUCUGAGCGACUUCACUGACGCGUUCAGCCUGCAGUGCUUAGCUUCGUUUCUCUUUCUCUACUGUGCUUGCAUGUCUCCUGUUAUCACGUUUGGUGGUUUACUGGGAGAAGCAACGGAUGGCCGCAUAAGUGCAAUAGAAUCUUUGUUUGGUGCAUCGAUGACCGGCAUAGCCUAUUCGCUCUUUGGUGGACAGCCUCUGACCAUACUAGGGAGUACGGGCCCAGUUUUGGUGUUUGAAAAGAUACUGUUCAAAUUUUGCAAGGAAUAUGGGCUGUCGUACCUGUCUCUGAGAGCAAGCAUUGGCUUGUGGACUGCAACUCUGUGUAUCAUCCUUGUUGCGACCGAUGCCAGUUCGCUUGUGUGCUACAUCACUCGGUUUACGGAAGAAGCUUUUGCGUCCCUUAUCUGCAUCAUUUUCAUUUACGAGGCCUUAGAGAAGCUCUUUCAUCUCAGCGAGACAUAUCCAAUCAACAUGCAUAACAGUUUGGAACAACUGACACAUUACUCAUGCAGCUGUAUGGAACCAGACAACCCCAGCAAUAAUACUUUGCAAUACUGGCAGUCCAAAAACAUGUCUUCGUCAGACAUACCUUGGGGAAACCUAACUGUGUCAGAAUGUAAGGACUGGCAAGGGGCAUUUGUAGGACACGCCUGUGGACACCAUGGUCCUUACGUCCCAGAUGUUCUCUUCUGGUCAGUCAUCUUAUUCUUUUCUACAGUGACACUGUCAUCCACGCUUAAGCAGUUCAAAACCAGUCGAUACUUCCCGACCAAGGUGCGGUCUGUAGUGAGUGACUUUGCCGUCUUUCUCACCAUCCUGUCCAUGGUUUUAAUCGACUAUGCCCUUGGGAUCCCAUCGCCAAAGCUCCAAGUUCCCAAUGCUUUCAAGCCUACCAGAGAUGAUCGUGGCUGGUUCAUUUCGCCUUUGGGGACCAAUCCUUGGUGGACAGUGCUGGCUGCGCUAAUCCCGGCUCUGCUUUGUACUAUUCUGAUAUUUAUGGACCAGCAGAUUACAGCUGUUAUUAUAAACAGAAAAGAACAUAAACUAAAGAAGGGCUGCGGCUAUCACCUGGACCUGCUGAUGGUGGCUCUUAUGCUGGGCGUGUGCUCCCUCAUGGGCCUGCCGUGGUUUGUUGCCGCCACCGUUCUCUCCAUCUCUCACGUGAACAGCUUGAAGCUGGAGUCGGAGUGCUCAGCUCCAGGAGAGCAGCCCAAAUUCCUUGGCAUCCGUGAGCAGCGGGUCACGGGACUCAUGAUAUUCAUCCUGAUGGGCUCGUCCGUUUUUCUGACCCGAAUUCUAAAGUUUAUCCCUAUGCCAGUGCUUUAUGGUGUAUUUCUUUACAUGGGUGCCUCUUCUCUAAAAGGAAUUCAGCUUUUUGACAGAAUCAAGUUAUUCUGGAUGCCUGCCAAACACCAGCCUGACUUCAUCUACCUGAGGCAUGUCCCUCUCCGAAAAGUCCAUCUCUUCACCGUCAUCCAGCUGAGCUGUCUUGUGCUGCUGUGGGUUAUCAAGGCUUCAAGAGCUGCCAUUGUCUUUCCUAUGAUGGUCUUGGCCCUGGUGUUUGUUAGAAAACUCAUGGACUUAUUUUUCACGAAACGGGAGCUCAGCUGGUUGGAUGAUUUGAUGCCAGAAAGCAAGAAAAAGAAGUUGGAGGAUGCUGAAAAAGAGGAAGAGCAAAGCAUGUUAGCGAUGGAAGAGGAAGGCACAGUUCAGUUACCACUAGAUGCGCAUUACAGAGAUGACCCAUCUGUAAUAAAUAUUUCUGAUGAAAUGUCAAAAACAGCUGUGUGGAAGACACUGUUGAUAUCGUCAGACAAUACCAAGGAUAAGGAGUCCAGCUUUCCUUCUAAAAGCACUGAAAGCCGAAAAGAGAAGAAAGCUGACUCAGGGAAAGGUGUGGACCGCGAGACUUGUCUAUGACUUGCUCUUCAGUUUAUUUUUAUAAACAGAUGCGAGGAGUGCCACAAUCAUAAACCUGUACGCGAUUUGAUCCUUUCGUUGUACAACCUGUCUUUCAUCCCAAAGUAGCACUGGUAAUGUAAGUAGUGCAAUACGUGCUUUGGUUCGCUGUCUGCUUUUCGCCUGGGCCCUAAUCUGCGCAGAAAUUAACUCUAGCCAGUGAGAGAAUCCUGUACCCUCCAUGCUUGUGUGUGUGUGUGGGGGGGGAUCCAGCUGAUUCAACCUAUGUCAUCCAUUCAAGAAGUGAACAGUGUCUCCUUUCAAACUUUUCUCUCUCUCUCUGUUCAGUAGCAUUGGACUGCAUUUUCCUUCUUUGCCCGUGCAACAUAUUUUCAUAGCUUCUCCAUCUCAGCAGACAAACAAACUUGAAAACAGCUUCCCCCCCCACAGCCCCAUCCUGUUCUUUUUAUAGCUUAGCUUUCAGCCAGCUAUUUGAGGAGAUCCGAGAUAACAAAAGAAAUGUUAGCUUUGAGAGUUAUUUUUAAACGAGAAAUGGCUCAACCCUGCGAACUCUUUAACCAGAAGAAUGAAGUCCUGCCCCCACUCCCAGUUAAAAAUCAUGGCUUGUAUGUAUGUAUGUGUGGGUGUGGGUGUAUGUGUGUGGGUGUGUAUGCGUGUAUGACUUUCAGGAUCAGACCCUAUAUUUGUGCAAUUUUCCUUGAUUUAAUACUGGAUAUUUAAUAUUUAAAUUUAUAUGUAAAGAUAAAGUAAUAUAAUAUAUAAAGUUAUAUAGGAUAUCGUUAACAUGCUCUCAUCUUGUUGGGGGGGGGCGGGGAAUGCCACAUCCAUCGAUGUGCAAUAUCCAUACAGUAUUUGUUGUGAAUGCAAGCUGUUAUUACAAUAUCUUAUACUGUACUGUACUAAAUGUUGCAGUGGUUAGUCCAACAGCUGCAUUGUGGUGGUAAAUAAUCCACUUUUUCCCCCUAGCUUACUGUAUUAUAAUUCCUUACAGAGAUGGGCAGUAAGAUUUCCACUCCCUCAUCAAGGGUGGUCUUUGGGCCAUUGCUUGACACCUCUGAAUACUUGCCCUUCAAUUCCUAUGCGAUGUUAGGCACUUGUCUAGUCAUAGGCAGGUAUUGAGUUUAUCCAGAGAUAAAUCCUACCUAUAUUUUUGCUAGGGGGUUCUUUUCAUUCUGUCAUCAAAUGCAUGCUAGUAUUAUUAUUAUUUUUAAUUAAAAAAUUGCUUUUUUCUUUCCAAUAAAUUCUAGACAAAAGUCUAGGCAAAGUUAAGCACUUAUAAGUCAUAUUGAUUUCAGGGGAAGAGCAAGGAGUCUGUUCAACUCUUCCGUUCAUAUCAACCGGACUGUAAUGUGCUCCAAACUUGGCUGAAUUGUCUGCCGCUGUCAGUUAACUUUGAUAUCAUGAUCCCGUUGAAGUGACUGGGAGUUCUGACCCUAAUUUUCAGAGGGCAAGUUUAUUGGCAUAAAGCCCGUUUUGCCAAAAGAAAAAAGGAACUUGGCCUUUGUUAGUUGUUUAGCUAAAUUUCUAAACAAAAGGCAUGCAUUUCCAUAUGUUUGGAAUGAAGACUUUUUUUAAAUAAAAAAAAUAGACUGUAGAUUUUAUUAUGGUCCUAAAUUUGUAUUAUUAGCCAAAUAGCAAGAUCAAACCCUGGGCGGGAUCCAGCUCCUCUCCCACAUGCAGCUUCAUAUGCUGGGAAAGGAUACCAGUAGGGCUCAGUGGAGCCUACCCUUGGCCAGUUUUAGCUAUUGACACAGAGAGCCAUGGGGCAGCAAGGCACCCAUCCCUUGCCUUCAAUGGAGUAGUCAAUCACACUUCCCCUCUGUAGAUCUGGCUUGCCCCCAUGACCGUGUGCACAGGUACUCCUGCUGGAGUAGAAUGUGGACAGAGCAGAGCAGUCUGUCUGCAUCUUUAUAAAACUAGGUAACUCGCCAUCCCACUGUGCUUCCCUGGGAGAGAAGGGUAGAGUGGGCUGCAGGCAAGGGUGGGAGAAGAUGGAAUAAAAGCAGGACAGUAUUAUAGAUAUUUUUUGAUAUGUCUUCAGUUUUUAACAGGCUUGUGGUUUUUGUUGUGGUUUUUGUUGGAGGGGUGCUGAUUGGUUAUUCCAUGCAAAAUCAGAUCUUAUAAAUGCACCAGUGCUUUCGAAUACCAGGAACAAAUUCCUUUGGGCUUUCUGUGUCGAGGGAAUUGCUGCAGAUCUCAGAAAGGCUGCUUUUUGUACCUUCAAAGUUGCCUAACCUAAUCCUUAGCUGGGUUCUGCAGUCAUGUGCAUGGCUCUACACAGCUUGUAGCAGCAGAACUAUAGAGGGAAUUCUGCGCAAGAUUAGUGGGGAGUGAAAAUCGGCCUCCCUUGAAGACCCCGUUCAGCUUGUACUGGCACUCAAAGCUCUUGCACAUGUGAAACCAGGCUCUUCUACGAAGUGUAUGGGCAGCUCACAUGUGCCAGAGCUCAAUCACAUGUGCAGAAGACUGUGUGUCUUUCUCUCAUCUGGUUGGUGAAUUUCAUGGCCUUGUGUGUGUGUGUGCAUGUGUGCACAAGCAUGCAACAAAUUCCCAGAGCCGAAUGGGACAUGGUUCCGUUUUAUGAAGGCAACUUGGAAAUGGCUUUAACCCUAACUUGUUGCUUACCUGGUGGUGUUAGACUUAGACUGCCAUCAGCCCCAGGCAGUGUAGCCAAAUGGUCUGGGAUGGUGGGACUUACAGCCCACCAUCUGUAGGGUUCCCAUUUCUCCACAUCUGAUCCAUGCAAGUUCACCUACGGGAUGCUUCAGCCCAUGCUAGCUGCCGCUGGUUCAUCAGAUGACAAAAACUGGUCCCCUGGAUGGCACCUGUAGGGAGUACUAGGGAGUCCUGAAGAAAAUAAUCCCGGUCCUUU